AGACAACAUGGGCCAGGGUGGUUCUUCAGAAGCUCCACACCUGACACUUGAGCAGCUUAGCCAGACGCUCGCGCAUCGAUUUGCCCAGAAAUGUUUCUCCCCACUAGAGCUGUAUUGCUUCAACUCGGUCUUUCGCUCCCUCGCAGAUUCUGAGUCUGGGAUACGGUAUUGGAGCGAGACAACACUAUGUCGCUUCCUCGAGCUGCCAGACGCCUUGGGUGUAGGCUCGGUACUAUUCCAUAUGGCUAGCUACCUUGGCGCCUUUCCCUUCCCGAGCCACGCUCCUGCUAUUCUCACACACGAGGCCCUGCUGAAGGUCGUUACCCUUCUGACGGAGAGAUACGGUGCUGUUGUUAAGAAGAGGGGCCGAGAGACGUGGCUGAGGGAGUUGUAUCGCAGCCUCGCCGUCUAUGACCGGGGCGUGCGACAGAGCAUGGAAGACAACCAGAAAGCUAAAGGCUCUGAUAAACUGGGCGGUCCGACUAUUGCAGGAGCAACUGGCGCCCAGGGCUUCGCAAUCGAUGCCCCAGAAGACGAUGACGAGGGAGAGGAGAAGGACGACGAUGACGAACUGGUGCUUGCAGCUUUAGACUCGAUGGAUGCUAUUGAAGUAUUCAAGCACGGCGAACAGUCCAAUGUCCAUCACUCGAUUAUCCCCACGGAUAAUUUGCUGAAACUGGUUGAGCUGCUCCUGCUUAUCGCUCCCAUCGAUCCGCAGGAGAGCCUCUCGACCUUCGCCUCGCAGCUGCCUGACGAGCGAGUCUCCGAGCUCAGAGAGACUGCAAACGUGAUAUUGUCAUCAUUCGGUGUGGAGGACAACCCCGGUGUUACGUACCGGACCUUCAAUACUGUUGUCGCUUCAUGCUUACCAUACCUCUUCGACGGGCUAAAUCCCCUGUUCGAACAUUUCCUCUUCACCAAAGACUUCGAUCUUGCAAAACGAAAACCAGAUGCAACGUCCCCAAGUGUUGAGACGCAUCCCGUGAUCCCACCACCGAAGGUAGUCAUCAAAGCUGAGCCUAUACUCCGAGAAUCUGGGGACAUUCUUAACCCAACUAUUCUUAAUCAACUUUCUUUCUUUAUCAAGGGCACCAACCUGUUCCGGCGCCUUCGCCCUCUAUACAGUGGCAACACCCACGGCUUCAGUAUGGGCUCAUUUGAGAAACAUGUCUUCAAUUGGCGUGCGCCCUCCCUUCUCCUCGUCUCCGGCACACUUCUCCCGUCAUCGCCAACGAACACGCGCGAACGCACCCUUUCGGACAUGCUCCCAGCAAAGCGCCUCCAGAGUAGCGUAUCUGCAUUUGAUACAUCUAACAUAACACUAACCUUUGGAGCAUAUAUUCCCGUCCCAUGGAAACUAACCCACAAAUCGUGCUUCAGCGACUCUAACACACUCCUCUUCCAGCUCUCUCCAACCCACGACGUCUUCUCCGCAUCAGCCUUCAGCACCGACUAUGCAUACUUCAACCGACCUCCUACACACCCUUCAGGGGUUGGCUUCGGUUCAGCAAUACCUCACCAAACAUCCGCACACAAUAUCCACCAUUCUCAUCCACACCUUUCCCUGGGACCUGUUUCUCUGCACCUCGAUGACGCGCUUGAAUUCGGCAUCUUCACGCACCUCGCCGAAGGCGGUGGUUCGUUUCAUUCGUCGCAGUUACCGUGUAGGAAAGGGAAGGAUUGGCAAGACCGCUUCGAGAUCGAAAGUCUAGAGGUCUGGGGUUGUGGGGGAGACGAUGUGGCGGAGGCUCAACGCCGUGAAUGGGCUUUCCAAGAGCGGGAGGCUGAGGCUAGGCGGAGGAUCAAUCUUGGAACGGGAGAUGUCGACGCAGACCGUGAACUGUUGAAGUUGGCUGGUAUCAUUGGGGGUAGUAGAAGUGGUGGGAGUAUGUAAAUGUGGUUUAAAUGGCAGCAAGCUCAAUUAAAUAGCAUGAGAUAUAAGGGUCGGCAUUUUUCACCUGGUUCACUUAGGCUUGUUGGAGGGAAUUUGGUGGAAUGGCGUUCGGCACAGCCUGACUUGGCCUUUUGGGUAAAGGAAAGGAUU